CCUUUAAAAUUUCAUAUCCCGCUCCUAAUUCCCCCAAUCUCUCUUUCUCAAAACCUAAAACAGACUCUGCCCUAGAUAGGCGAAUGGGCGAUUCCCCAAUCGUUCCUCCGCAUCACCGAAGAUUCACCUAGAUCGACGACUCCUUAAUCGUUCCUCUAACCAAUUUCUGUCACACUUUUGCUGUAUCAUGGCACGUAGUACAGCAGAUGCCGGCAGAUGUCGUGGUUUUGUGGCAGGAGGCGGCAGAGGGCAAGGAGGUGGCAGGGGGAAAGGUGUGGUCAUUGAAGAGAACAUGGCAGCAACAAGAGAACUGGGCAACAACAAGAGAACAUGGCAGCAACAAGAUCAAUAUGGUCGAGGCAGUUUUGCUAAGAAAAAACUAUCUGGAGGCAGUGUUACCAAACUUUCUGUUAGUUCUGUUCCAAAGACCGUCACUAAAGAGGAUAUCCAGCAUGCUUUUGAAGAACAUGGACAAGUUGAGGUUGCUUUGGUCAAAAAUAAGAGAACAGGGCAGCAACAAGAUAUCAUGGGACGUACUACGACAAAUAUCAGCAAAGGUCGUGGCCAAGGUGUUGAUCGAAGUAGUGGUGAGCAAGGUCGUAGUCAAGGAAGUGUUCUAGGUAGUAGUGAUACCGUUGGACUAAAGUCAAAUCAGCAGCAUACUUUGAUGUCUUCUCCCAUUGAGGAGGGUAGUGAUGGUGAUGAUGUGUCUUCGUGUCGUGUUGCUUCUACAAAGCGGGGAGGCUCUUCCCAAGUCCAAGUACCCGAACCAGUGAACCGUGAGUGGAUCUAUAUUAUAGAUGGAGAAUUUAGCAAUCAAAUAACGGCUACGCGGAUUAUUGGAGUAAACCUAAAGGGUAUGUGGUCCGGUCCAUGGAAAAGUUGGAAAGAUGUUCCUAAUGAGGACAAAAAGCGGUUGUUUGAACGAUUCCAUUGUUAUUUUCAGUGGGAGGAGAAAUGGAAUGGUGAAAUAUAUAGUUGCUGGGAGCAGUGCAUUGCUGGUAAAAUUCCGGAUUUGUUGUGUAGGGCGAAAAGAAAAUAACACUACAAUAAAAGA